ACCUUUUUGUAAUAUUUUAAAUAUCUAGGUACUUAAUUGCAAGGAAAAUAAAUUUGGGUAUCAAACUGUAAUUUAUCAAAAUUUGUAGUAUGUGACCAAACAGUUCAAUAUUAAAAUAAAAAUCAUGAAAUUAAAAAAAAAAUCAAACGAGUAUCCAAAUAACGAAUUUGAAUUAUAUGUAUUUCAAAUGCAUGCAUUUUAAAAACAUGUAUUUCAAAUAUCUUACAUUUGAAAUACACAUAUCUGAACGCACCUUAAAGGAGGUUGUCCAUAUAAUAAUGUAAUGGAUUCACCAAAUUCUCCCUUCAAAACCCAUACUUAUUCAUAAAAAUAAAAUAGUGACUCAAAGAUUAUAUGUUUAUUGUAUCAUUUGUCAUAAUUUUUAUUUGAUAACCCAGGAAACCUCAACCACACGUGCCGCUUGAGCGACAGUGAGACCUACUAAACAACUGGGAUACCUGCAUACUAACCGGAGCUUUCUAAAUUCUGAAUGGAUAUGUUUAGAAUUAAUAUUUUGUAGUUUUGUCAUAAAAUUUUGAUGAACUCGAUUUCUAAUAGAUCACUAUGUGGGUGGUGGGGGAGUUUGCGAUUCAACCAUUUUAUAAGUACAAAUGAGUCAUGCUUUUGAGAUUGAAGAUUCACCUUCGCCAUUUUGAUUAUUCUUCCUAGAUAAAUCGCAGAUUAAGGGACGAUCAAUUUUAUAGUGCUAACAGUCAACAUUAUGAUAGAGAACUAUAUAAUUUCCUCAGCAAACAUGUAAAUAUUCCAGAGAGAGUAUAAUUUGCUCAGCAAGAAGCUCCUCAAAGAAGAGAAAACUUGCUCGACAAGUCAGCCCUGCCCAAACGGCAUACGAGUAAAUGUGCCCUUCCCCGAAGACUCUAGAAAGAAUUCCUAUUCCACACUCCGCCAACGAGCGAGCAUACUACGCUUACACUAUAUAUACACAACAAGAAAGAGAGAGAACAAAUACAAUCCGCAAAGUUCGAUCAAUCAAAAUCCAUUGCAGAAAUUUACCAAAUCGAGCACAGCCAGAAUUCCCUCUGUCAAUCAUGGCCACCGCGACGAAAUUCAAGAUCAACGGCCGCACACUGGCACCGGAGAUCCCUCUGCCGUCGCCGUCCGCCACCGUCCUCGACCUGAAGCAGGAGAUCCAGUCCCUGCUCGGCGUCGCCGUCACGAGGCAGAGGCUCUUCCACAAGGGCGACGGCGAGCUCCUCAACCACCGCACCGUCGAGUCGUACAAAAUGAAGGCAGAGGAGAGGAAGUCGGUCGCGAAUCUGGAUCUGACGGUGGAGCCGCUGCCGAAGAAGAGGAGAGGAGAGAAGAUCUCGUUCGUGGUGAAAUGCGGCGACGAGAAGGCUACCUUCACUUUCCGGGAGUGCGACACAGUGUGUGACUUGGAAUCGGAGGUCCUUGACAGAUUCAAUUGCUCUUACCCUAUCAAAUUGCGCUGUGCCGGAAUCGUGCUGCCUUCUUGGUACGGCGACGAUGAGGACUUCAGUCUGUACGAGUGCUAUCUCUCGGAAGGGACGGUGAUUGAGGUUGCGUUGGCGACUGCUCGCUCUCGCCACAUCUACGGUCCGAAAACGUACACUCCUUCCUUCUACAACGCCAAGUGAUAACUGAUCUCUGAAUUCCGUAACAGAGCUAAUUCCCGUUUUCUCUUUUCCUCUCCCCCAAUCGAUUCCUCGCAUCUUGUUUUCUUUUCAUGGCGUAAGGGGUAGAAAGUCUGUUAUUCCUUGUUAGACCUACUCUGUUCGUAUCGAUCUUGAGAAUGCUGAAGGUAAAAUUGUAUGUUCAUCAGUUCAUGCAUUUCCAUGGCGGUUUGUUACUUUCUUUGCCGAGAAAUCUGGAAACCCUGCUAUAUCUAAUUAAAAUUUAAUAUGGAUUCCGAUUAGCAGGUUAUUUAAUUAGGAUUCUAAUUGCAAAUAGGAGUUCCAAACCCAAAUUCACCACAAAUUAUUAUCAAUUAUAAGAGUCGACAGUGAUCAGUCGUUACGCCUAAACCGCAGACCAGGAAGCACUGAGCUUAACUCGUCUCGGAAACAAUGGCCACAGCGGAUUGGUGGUGUAGUGCGACGGCAAAGGAGGAUUUGGUCCGGGACAAAACCAGUCUGCUGGAAGGGACGGUGGUCGAGGUGGUGGCGGUGGAAGGUAAUCACCGGGAAUCAGAGAAGAUAAUAAUCAAGUCGUAGUCCGAUAUGAGUUUCAAGUAAAGCAGUCAAUCAGUCAUGUUGAAGAUCAUCUUGAAUUCUGCUUCUGCAUGUUGAGUUGGUAUUUUCCAGUCUUUCGUCUGGUCAACGCUAAACGGGGCUAAGUAAAGGACAAUGUUGUCAAACCCUGCUGACCGAGGACCCACCUGGUUGUGGUAUUGUGGACGCUACUCCAACCAAUUCAACUGCCAGGUCAACCCCAAGUUAAAAAUCAUUGUUAAAAAAGGUGGGCUUACUGUCAAGCUUAAGAUAUUCGAACAUCAUUGUUCUUAUUUAAAUGGGCCGGAAGUAGUAACGUAUAUCCAGCUAGGAAGUCCAAGGGUAAAGCCCAAGAGACCAAGGCCCGCUGAUUGGGAGAAGAAUGCAAUGAGAGAUAGGCAAAAAAGUAAGGGGGCAUUC